UCCGCUCAUUACUUUUUCUCCGCCACAGCUGCAAGGGAGGAAAACGAAGGAAGCGGAAGAGGAAGAGGAAUGGCGGAUCCUCUGGUGGCGCAGAUCCCAGUGGAGAGCAGCGGAGAAGCCGAAGCCGAAGCCGAGGCGGAGAACACGGAAACCAAAUCGGAGGAAAGCAACAGCAGCAGGAUGUCGCGUGUGCCGAUGCCGACGAUGGCGAACCUGUUCGACCCCACGCAGCUCACCAUCUUCUACAACGGAGCCGUCAAUGUCUACAAUGGAAUUCCUUCUGAAAAAGCACAGGCCAUAAUGCUCAUCGCUGCUGCUGCAGCUACGGCUCCAAAUAAGAUCAGCCCGACCACCUCUGCCACCACUGCGGGUUCGACAGUACUCACGAGAACUCUGUCACUGCAGAGCUCCUCUGUCUUCGUCACGGGAGCGGUGCCGCAUGCCCAGAUUGUUCUCAGUGCUAGCAGCCCCCUCUGCAAGCUUCAAGCUGAGCUCCCGAUAGCAAGAAGGCACUCACUUCAGUGUUUCUUUGAGAAGCGCCGCAAUAGGUUGGCAAGCAAGGCACCUUAUGCUUCGGCAAAACCAUUGGAGGGGAUAAAAAUGGCCUCAGAGGAAAAGCUUACUUAAAUGGGCUUAUGGCCACUGACAUCCAAACAGUCACGAGCUUCUACUUUGAAACUUAUUAACCUAGUAGUAUUUAUAACCAUGAACCUUUAUGAUCUCUCAUGAUUCCAUGAACACUCUGCUAUAAUUGUUGUGUUGCCAGAUUGAUGUUUACGUGAUGAAAUGGCUCUUGUUUCCUAGAAAA